AACCCUUUAAAUGUCCCGAUUGUGGGAAAUGUUUCAGUCAGAAUUCCAGCCUGGUGACACACCAGAGGAUUCACACAGGAGAGAAACCCUUUCAGUGUCCGGACUGUGGGAAAACUUUCAGUCAGAUUUCCAGCCUGGUUAGACACCAGAGAACUCACACAGGAGAGAAACCCUUUGAAUGUCCCUAUUGUGGGAAAAGUUUCAGUCAGAGUUCCUACCUUGUGAGACACCACAGGACUCACACAGGAGACAAACCGUAUGAGUGUCCAGACUGUGGGAAAGAUUUCAGUACUAAGGAUAUCCUUCUAAAUCAUAUGCUUAUUCACACGGGGGAGAAACCAUUUAAGUGCCCCGAGUGUGAACAGUCCUUCAGGAAACCUUCCAACCUUAUUGCACACAAGAAAAUCCACAUGAGGCCCAAAGUGAUGAGUGUAGAGAAGGCUUGAAUUUCAUUUGAAAUAUCCUAUUGUAGUUUCAGCUGAUAAAUUGACUCCUUAAUUUGACAAUAUAGAAUUUGCCUGAUUUUUUGUCAUUAAAUAUGUCAUAGUAUUAGAUGGGAAGGAGGAAAGAAAAAAAUUGGAACAUGUUAAUUUGAUAAGGACUAUUUGGCUGUCAGCAGCAGAAGUUGCUAGAUAUUGAUUUUUACAGUAAUUGGACAACUCUGCAAAAAUCUUUUUAGGAGUGUUCUUGUUGUGGUCUGCCGGCAGCCUGCGGAGAUGGCAGAGUUGGGCAGUGGGGAGGAACAUAGGCCAGUCUGGGAAUCUGGGGAGGACUCGGACGAAGGUCCUGCAUCCGAUACAGAGAUGGGGCCAAGGCCAUAUGGGAGUUUAUGUGUGGAUUCCAGAAUCUGAUAGCAGCGAGACAGAGGAACAAGGAGAGCCUGUUCCCCGUGUGCAUGUGCACAAAGCUGCCAGAAGGCAAGAAUAGUUAACACAAACGGGGUGACUCGGGAGUAAGGUUUGGAGGUGAUUGGCCCUCCCAUAAGACAUAAAGGAGGA